AUGCUUGAGGUCCCACGCAUCUGCUCGAGGGGCCAGCGACGUCGCAUGACCAGCUGGAACGCGGUAAAACCACACGCUGUUCUUGCUGAAUCGACAAUGCUCGAUCUGUCUCCGGAUGACAAACCACAGGUGAUCGAAUGGCGCCAUCAGAAGUCGCCCGGUGCAACGAAAAGCACAGCAGAUGCGAAGCCAAAAUCAGUAUGUGCACAGGCCUAUUCAAGAAUUGGGUGGGGAUCGUGCUGA